AUGUUCUCUUCGAAGGGAUUCGGCACAUUGGCACGUUCACGCGUUCCAUUGCGCUCUAAGCGACAAUGUUCUGUACAACGUCAAACAGCUGCUUUGAGUGGCUCAUCAAUCAAGUCCCUUCAAGAUGCCUUCCGGGACCCGUCCUCACCAUUUCACAUUGCUCCAGGAGACACAGGACCUGAAUCCCCCGACGCUCCUCCCUCACUCUCGCAAGUCCCACAUCCUGCUCCGCCUCCACCUCAGUCCAGCCAUCCCACUGCAAUCGGCUCCCUGGCAGCGAAUGCCAGAGCUAAGCUGAUCUCUAUGGGUUACGACGAGGGGUCACUAUGGGAGCAGAGCAUCGUAUGGGGUCACCAUGAUGCAUUCCGACACGUUAACAACGUACACUACCUACGAUUCGUCGAAUCUGGUCGCAUUGCGUGGGUCAUGGCCUUCGGCAAGGCUCUUGGGGGUGAAGAACGCGUCAAGGCAAUGCUCGCGGGCCAGGGCGUCUCGGUCAUACUCAAAUCAAUGAACAUCAAUUUCAGGAGACCGGUGACGUUUCCUGACACACUUUUGGUUGGGCACAAACCAAUCAUUUCUUCGAGCCGCACGCACUUUACUUUGAACGCAGUGCUUUAUUCGUAUUCACAACAAGCGAUCGUUGCGGACUCGGAUUCCGUGCUUGUUUGGUACGACUACGACAACCUGAAGAAAUGUGACCCCGGGGAUGAUGCAUGGCGCCUUCUGAAGGUAGCCUCGCAGGACGGUCAAGUGAAGGGUUGAUGUCCGUGUGUUCCGACUGAGCUCGGACUUGGUAUAUAUGUAGUAGAAAUGAUUGCCAAUUAUUUGACAUCCUCGAUGCAGACAGUCUCGCCCCAAAUC